UGCGGGUGUGUGGCGCGAGGGCAUGGAAUGGCCGUGUACUUUUGCUGAUGAUACAAACCAAUAGAAGUCGAAGAAGCGUGGUAGAUCAAAUCCUGACCAAAUCGGUGAAGAAAAUAUUGAUGCUACUGAACAAGCGUGUCAGAAGAGGCAUCAGAAAUACACCAAUUUAAUUGAGGGGGAGAAGGAAAGAAGGCAUGCAAUGAUGAUCGGUCUGGAGAGAUACAAGAGAGAAGGCGUGCUAGGGUGAGGGAAAAAUAUCACUUUAGAAAAGCUCGAUCUACAUAGUUGAACAGCCCUACUCCUGCAGUGUUUGAAACACAAACAUAUAGUCAAGUUUGCGUCCAUGAAGAUGAUCCCCUAGAAGAGUGAAAGCGCGUAAGGAAAAGGAAAUGGUAUGCCAAUUUGCCAGACAUCAUCGAGAAGCAAAAGAAGAUUACAAGGAAAUAUGAAUUAAAGAAAAAUAAAGUGAAUAUACAAGAUGUGAUUACAAGAUCGAAACCAGCUAGGUCUAUAAUCAGUGUCGACGAAAGGAAUACUGGUCAAUUUUCAUCAGGCCUUUGGGAGCCAGAUGAUCCAAAUGCACUAUUGGAAGACUAUGGACCGGACCUUCUGCUGUCGCCUCAGAUUAAUUUUCUCGUGGCGUGCGACAGUGGCAACAUCCGCCGCAUUAAGGCACUGGUGGAAAGCAUGGAUGAGGAUGACAGAGAAUCACUUGCCUCUGUGCGUAUGGAGGGCUUAGGGGCACUGCAUGCGGCAGCAAUGAAGGGUAAAGUGGAAGUUUGUCGGUACUUGGUGGAGGAGCUGAAGUUUGACGUCAAUUCGGUUUCUAGCCCUGAAUUGGGUAUGACAUCAUUGAUUUCAGCUGUCUCGGAAGGACAAGUUGCUGCUGUCAGGUAUCUUCUUGCUAAAGGUGCAGAUCCAAAUAAGCAAGAUCAUGAAGGCUAUGCUCCUCUGCAUGAUGCUGCAAAAGGAGGAUUUGAUGAAAUUGCUCGGUUGUUGCUAUCUGGAGGAGCAAUAAUUGAUAUAUCAUCUUCUGAAGGGACACCAUUACAUGCUGCUGCUGCCUUUGGAAAGAUUGGUGUCAUGCAGAUUUUACUGGAGCAUCAUGCAGAUGUGAACAAGGUCUCAGCAAGGGAUUGUACACCCCUGGCUGAAACUCUUCUUGCCAUUCCGGAAAGAAUGAAUGAAUCAACUCGCUUGAAGUGCAUGAAACUCCUUGUCAAGGCUGGUGCUGAUUUGAAUUCUAGACAUCCACAAACUCCAUUGGUGAUAGCAACUUUGAAGGGCUUAACAGAAUGUGUUGAAUACUUGUUGGAGGCCGGAGCAGAUGCUAAUAUUCCUGCUAUUGAUGUUGGUAGCAAACCCAUUGAACUUGCUGCGGAAUCUGGAAGAAGAAAGCUUGUGGAGGUCUUAUUUCCUUUCACUUCACCUAUUCAGGCUGUGUCAAACUGGAGUGUCGAAGGAAUAAUUGCUCAUGCAAAAUCAAUUAACUCAAAGGACAAGGUUGAUCAACGUGAUAAUAAAGAUAGCAAGGUCCAUCUGAAUUUACAUGAUGAAAAAGCAAUCAAGCAUGAUGCUGUUUCAUCUAAACCUCUUGAGGAUAAGUCAAGUGACAAGGAUAGAAAGGCCCAGCUAAAAUUACAAGGUGGAAAAGCAGUCGAGGUCAAGGAUUAUGCCAGUGCACUCAAGUUUUACAGUGAGGCGAUCAAUCUGGAUCCUAAAGAUGCUGUCCUGUAUUCCAACAGGAGCUUCUGCCAUGUAAAACUUGGGGAAGCUUUUGAAGCUUUUCGUGAUGCUAAUACUUGCAUUACACUGCGUCCUGAGUGGACAAAAGGUUACUAUCGUAAAGGAGCUGCCCUCAUGUUGCUCAAGGAGUAUAAACAAGCUUGUGAUGCAUUCAUGGCUGGAAUUAAACUGGAUCCUACAAAUGAGGACAUGGAGAAAGCGUUCUGGGAGGCAGCAGAGGCAAUGAAGAAGGAACAUCCAGGCGAGAAGAAACAUUCCAGUGACAGUGUCAAAUCGUUUGAUUAGGGUGUGAGAGUUGUUCUGGGUUCAGUUCUGGACCUCUUGAUUUGUAUAUAUUAGCAGCAGUGGUAGGGAGCAAGUUAUCAAAGCUUGAGCUGUGACAUGGUGGCACUUGUAAUGAAACACCAGUCAGAUUUUGCUGUGGACAUGUUUUCUUUUGCGCAAGCUAAUCUGGUAUCGUGAACAUGCCACUUCCUAGUGAUUACCCUGCUGUCUCGGUUUAGUUAAUUUCACCAUUGGCCUUCUGUUCUAUCGA